AUGCCACAUAAUAACACCUCUCGUCACGUGGACGCCGUAUUUGCGCAGCUGGAGCGGGGCACACGGGACCCCGCAGGGCUCUACCGCCAUCUGCUGCAACGUGCCGUCGCGCAGCUUGACGCGGUGGCGGCGGAGCGCGAUGCGCUGCGCGGGACCAUCAGCGCUUUGCAGCAGCAGCGAUGCGAGCAGAAUAGGCGGCUGCGCGAGCUUCGUCAACAGCUCGAAGAGAUGCAGCGGUGGGUGAAUUUUGCCACCAGCUGCAGCCACACUCCGGCCUCACCGCCGCCGAGGCCGUCGCCGUCAUCACGGGCCCACGACAAGAAGCAGCAGCAGCAGCAGCAGCGAGGCGUGGGGUCUGCGGGAGGGCGCCGCGCACCGUGUCGAGUGGCUGAGGCGAAACGGCAUGCAUGCGGGAGUUGUUCCGCAACGACAUCAACAACAUCACCACCCCCCACGGAGUCCUCUUCGACGGAGUCGACGUUGCCGAAGCAGAGGCGGCCGCCGGAGACGGAUCCAGCGGUUGUCGAGCGCGUCCUGGGCAAUGUGCUGCUGCUCGCGUGGGGCGAUGACUCGCCAAAGCGAGUGAUUGUCGAGGAGAAACCGCAUGACCUCAAGGGGAAUGCCGGUGCGCUGUACGACACUGUGAUGUCCACUGUGCACAUUCUCCGAACACGUGAGACGGCGCUGCGGCGGCGCGUACGGGAGUUGGAGGCGGAGCUGCGGCGCGACGAGGCGCUGCGGCUAGCAGCACAUGUAGCCGAAGAGUACCGCACCACCACCACGAUGCUGCAGGGCCAGUGCGACGGCACUGGUAAUGAGUAUCGUCAGGCUCUGUCUUAUCCUCCUCCUCCUCCUCCUCCUGCUGGUCGGGUGGCGUCGUCCACCGUGUUGACGUGCUCCUCCUUCUCCUCCGCGCGCGCCGUGCAACAUGGUGGCUUCACCGCCCCUACGGCCACCGCCACUGCUGCAACGGCAGUGGCAAGCGGUGGGCCAACAACAACAACAAUAUCAUCAUCAUCAUCAUCAUCAUCAGUGGUAGAAGCAGCAGCAGCAGCCGAGGAACUGACGCAGUACUGCACAAACAGCAAUCCUUCCCAGAAUAAUAACGCGGAUCUGGAUGAUCUUGUGGGUGCCACGGAGCUGAGGGAAUAUGCCGAGUGGAAGCACUCAUUUCUGCAGGAGUUGCUUCCGGGUGAGCUUCCGGGUUAA